AUGGAGGCUUAUAAGAAUGGGUUAGGGAGAACAAGGACUAUGUGCAUCGUUGGAGGAUUCACAUGGCUUCUACCCGAACGGUUUUCUGAGUCAGAGAUAGGACCUGAAGCAGUAACUGCUCUCUUUGGAGUAAUAACUGCUAUCAAUGAACAUAUCAUUGAAACAGCUCCACCUCCAAUGCAUGUUGGCUCUGCUGAGCAUUAUUCUUUUCCCUAUGCAUUGUGUAUAUCUGCACUAAAGGACUUGGAAACGUUGGUUGAAGUUGUGGCUCAACAGUAUUUUGGUGAUGAGAAAAAAUGGAAUUUCAUUGCUGCUAUGGAGGCUAUCAAGGUGCUAGUUAGGUUAGCUUUAUUCCGGAACAGUGGAUAUAAGAUGCUUCUGCAUGGAGGAGAGACACCAAAUGAUGAAAAGCAUUUGGCUGCAUCAACUCCUCAACGUAAUGGUUUUACAAAGCCUGGAGGGCAGCUUGGGCUUGGGUACUUAAGAAAUAAUAAUGGACAGGACGCAUGGAAUUUAGAAGGAAGAGCACUAUCUGCACUGAGUAGGUUUGGAGAGAAUGCUAGGAUGGUUUCAGAACCAGUAUGGUUGCGUAGAGUUCAACACCAGCAUGCAAUUAUGGAGCCUCCAACUCCAGUGGUUAAGAGGCCGACUCUUUCCACCAUAUUGUCCAAAAGGGGUCUUCAUGGGGCAUUUUAUUUGAUUGGGGAAGCGCUAUUUAUAACAAGACCACUUAUCUAUGUUUUAUUUAUUCGAAAAUAUGGAGUUCGCUCGUGGAUUCCUUGGUUUCUUUCGUGGCUGUGGACUUCACUGGGAUGGGCAUUCUUUCACGAAUUACUUCGACAAGGGGUGGUACCGAGCAGCAGUUUCAUCUUUCUGACUCUGAAAAGAAUGAGGCAAAAACUCGAAAGCACCGAGAAAGUGUUGGAACCUGUUCCUAUUGUUGGGUUUCUUACAGCAAAACUUGUCGAGCUCAUUGUAGGAGCUCAGACGAGGUAUACUUACAUGUCAGGAUCAUAA